AUGAGUGGAUAUGACCAAUAAUAGAAGCUUAAUGCAGCUUUAAUUACCUUAAAAAAUAGUAAAGAUGAAUAUAAUAAAGUAAAAUCUAGUUCUGAUUACUAUUAUAUAACUAAAAGUUAUACUGAACUAGUUCCACUAGGUCAUGAUAAUACCUAGUGCUUAUUGCCAGCAUGCUCUUCAAUAGUUUGUCAUGAAGGCUGUAGUGUGGGAGAUGAUAAAAAAAAUUGCUGUUGCAUGGAGGAAAGAGAUGGAAGUUGGUAUUGUACAGUAUGCAACCAUGAAUACACCUAACAUAAUAAUUAGACACAUAGGUAAGUAACUAGAGAAGUUAAGGAGUAAGUGAAAAAAGAUAAAGCUUAAUAGUUGAAAUAAUUAGAAUAAGAAAUUUAAUAAAAUUUAAAAAAAGUAGAAUAAUUAAAAGCAUAAUUACCAAAUCCUAUAACCUUCUUAAAUAUAAAUAAAUAAAAUAAGAAUGAUUUAGAGUCGAGCUAGUACAGAACUAUUUGUGCAUAAGAGAAACAAAAAACAGAAUGUAAUAUAACCAAAAAGUAGAUAGUUGUAGCUGGACUGCUAGCAGAUAGGAAAAAAAUGGAGCAACUUGGAUUUAAAGAAGAUAUAGAAUACACAACUUUGGAUUCAGUUUAUAUUAAGAAAAAAUCUCCUAAGCUUGUUUCUUUCUUAAGAGGUGAAAUUCCUUAAGAACUAAAAGGUUAAUAAGAUGACGAAUUCAAUAAAUAAGCUCUUUGCAAUUAUACCUAAUAAGAUGCUGUUGAAUCAAUUGAAAAAUUAAUAAAGGUCCAUAAAUAUGAUGUUAAUUAUAUUCCACCAAACUUAGGAAAAGCUCCAAUACAUAUUGCUGCUGAAGCUGGACAUUUAGAUUCAUUAGAUUGUUUAAUUAGGAAUUAUGCAGAUUUAAAUUUAGUUGAUAAUAAUAAUAAAAAACCUUAUCAAUUAGCUCAAAAUCCAAAAGUAAAAGAAAGACUGAUAAAUGAGUAUAAAUGCAUAACUAAAGAAAAAACUAUUAUUCAGAAAUUCAAUAACUUUAAUUCAUUUAUAGACUAAAUAGUAAAGAAGGAAAUCCAAGAUUCAUAUUAUGAUGCUGAUUUAAUAAACACUGGUUAAACAAAUAAAAAAGAUCUAGUAGCUAAAAUAUCCUCAAAGGUAGAAGGAAUAUUUGAAAAAAUUAGCAAUUAAGUUAAUAAGUAACAGAGAAAUAUUGUAAAAAAAUGCAAAGAAAUGAUUUCAGAUAUUUAUAAAUUUGGAGAAAAUCCAAAGGAGCUUCAAUAAAUGCGUCAUAAAAUCUAAAAAGAAGUCAAAUUUGAUUAUUGUGGAGAAAUUAAAAAUAUCAAAUAGAAAAAAAUUCAAACUGUUGAAGAUUAUAAAAAGUAUCUUGAGUAAUUUGAACAUAGACUAACACAACUCUAUUCGUAAAAUAUAGAGAAAAAAAGCAUUUUGAUGGAUUUGUUUGUUAAAAAUUAUAAAUAACUUAGAAACAAAACUAAUAUGUUAAUUAAAUAUCCUGCCAUCGUAUUUGAGAGUAGUUAAUCAAGUGAUCUAUAUGAAUAAGCAAGUUAACAUAACUUUGAAAAACAUAUAUUGAUUAAAGUUGAAACAUUCGAAUAAUUGAUAAAGGAUAUACAAUGCAAACACAAUUAGAAUUUUACACUAUUGAUAAAUACAGAUCUAAACUAGUAACAGAUUAAUAUCUUAGAUUAGAUGGAUAAGUAGAAUAAAUAAAAUUUAUCUAAGUUAAAAAAAAUAAUUUUAGUUGGAAGAAAUCUUGGAAAUAUUUAAGUUCCAUAGAAAUUGUAAUAAAAAUUAAUGAGUUUUAGUAAAACCUCUAAGGUCAUUAAUCAUUUAUUUUAUGAUGACAAAAAUUUGAAAAUUUAAGGAAUGAUACCAUCUGAAAUGUUAUUUUUAUUUAUUAACAAUCCAAGAAACUAAGAUAUAGUACUAAGAAACACUCCAAUUAGCAAAAAUGAAAUAUAGUUUUUUAAAAUAUACGAAGAAUUCUAAUAAUAUAAUCAAAAAACUUCAGAAGAUAUUAAUAACUAUAUGUCCCUCCGUAAAAAUAAUUAUGCUAUAAAUCGUUAUAAAGCUAAUAUUUCUAAAUGGAUAUAAAGGAUAAGUAUAAUUGAUAAAAAAAGGUAUGAAGGUUGGCACAUAUAUGAAUAAGAAAAACUUGGCUUAAUAUAUUCUUAUACUGAAGGACCAUUUUGCCAUUUUUUAAAUAGUGGAACUUAUUUUGGUAAUGAAGUAAUAUUUUAAUAUCUUUCAAGAUAAAUUAUACUUCUAAAUUACUCCAUUUAAAAUUAUUAUGAUGGAAAACCUUAGGAUUAAUAAGAUGAUCUUAUUUUUUACAGAUCAGUAGGAAUGAAUGAUUAAUUAGAGAGUGAAUAGACAUACAAUUAAUAUAAUGAAAAUUAGAUUUUUUAUUUUCCUGCAUUUACAUCAUCUUCUUCUGAUAUUAGCUUUUGUGAGGGAUGGGUGGCAAAUAAAAAUUUCUAUCUUUUAUUUAAGAUUUAUGUAAAAAAAUAGUAUAAUAUUCCUUACUAUCAAAGACCUAAAUAUUUGGAAAUAAUUAGUAAAUGUAAAGGAUAGGAAGAAUUCUUAUUUCCUUUCUUUUCUAAAUUCUAAUGUAUUAGUAAACAAAUAAAAAAAAAUCAAAACAAAGUUGCUUAUGAAAUAACUAUUGAAUAAAUCCCAAAAUGA